CCAAUAUCAAAGAUGCUUGCCGUGAUCAGGAGCUCCAGCACGUCGUCUACAUCGACGUUAGACGGGGACCCCCGUGGAACUAUGCCCUCGAGCAGCAACUCGUCCGUUGGGUCUGAUGAUGGAUACCCAGCACAAUCAUUCCCCGACUAUGCAGAGAAGCCGCUUGAAGACCAGUUGGAACCAAUCGCUGUUGUUGGCAUGGGUUGCCGCCUGCCUGGCGACGUUAAAUCCGUCUCUGACUUUUGGGAUCUCAUGAUGAAGAAAGGGACCGGCAGCACACCCAAAGUGCCUGCCUCGCGAUUCAACAUCGAUGCCCAUAUUCACCAAAACAAUGACCGUCCCGGGAGCUUUGGCGUCCUGGGCGGGUAUUUCCUGAAAGAUGACCUAGCAGAUUUCGAUCCUGGCCUGUUCGGCAUCACCCCUGUGGAAGCCAUGUGGAUGGACCCGCAACAACGGAAACUGCUUGAGGUCGUCUACGAGGCCCUAGAGUCUGGGGGCAUUUCACUCGAGAAGAUCUCCGGCACCCGCACGGCCGUGUUUGCCGCCAGCUUCACAGCUGAUUGGCAGCAGAUGGCCUUCAAGGAGCACUCCUUCCGACACAGUCUGGCCGCAACUGGCGUGGAUCCAGGGAUCAUCAGCAACCGGAUCAGCCACGUCUUCAAUCUGAACGGGCCCAGCAUUUUAUGCAAUACGGCGUGCUCUUCAUCGGUGUAUGCGUUGCACAAUGCCUGCAACGCCCUGCGCAAUGGCGAAGCCGAGGGUGCUAUCGUCGGCGGUGUCAACCUGAUCAUCACCGUUGACCAGCACAUGAACACGGCCAAGCUCGGUGUUUUGUCGCCCACGUCGGUCUGCCACACCUUUGAUGAAAGUGCAGAUGGGUAUGGCCGUGCCGAUGCGGUGGGUGCCGUAUACUUGAAACGUCUGUCCGACGCCAUUCGCGAUGGCGAUCCCAUCCGUGGCGUGAUCCGAUCUAGCGCCACCAACUCCAAUGGCAAAGUCGCUGGCGCUGGCAUCACCCAUCCCAACCGCGAAGGCCAGGCCCAGGUAAUUGCAGCGGCUUACGAACGUGGCGGAGACCUUGACCCCCGGCUCACAGGGUACUUUGAGUGCCACGGAACCGGUACUGCGGUGGGGGAUCCGCUGGAGGUGCACGCCGUGUCUAUGGCGAUGAACAAGAAGCGGCGUCGAGAUGUCGACCAUCCCCUCUGGAUCGGUGCCGUCAAGACCAACAUCGGACACUCUGAGGCGGCCAGCGGCAUCUCCGCCCUAAUAAAAGCCAUCCUGAUCACCGAGCGGGGCAUGAUCCCCGCCACCCGUGGGGUGGUGAACCCUAGCAAGGCUAUCAAGUGGGAUGAGUGGCAGGUGCAGGUCCCGACGGAGGCGGUUCCUUUCCCCCGCGAGCUCCCUGGCACGGAGUCCUUUGCGCGCAAUGGCACAGCUGCCUACACUUAUGACGAUCCCUGGACACAAAAGCCCAGGGUGCGAUUUCCCGGCUCCAGACGAGCGUGGGAACGCAAUCGAGCUUACUUGCUCCCCUUUUCAGCCCACGAUAAAAUCACAUUGCGUCGCAAUAUUGAGGCCCAUGGAAAGGUCGCAGCUAACUAUAGUCUGCUCGAUCUGUCGUACACGCUAGCAACCCGACGCAGUGUGCUCGCGAGUAAGGCAUUUGCAGUUGCCAGCUACGGGACCCUGAGCACGGUAUUCGAUGCAGUCGGGGAGCACUUUGCCUUUGCAGAUAAGAAAAGCAUCCGUUCCGUCGCCUUUGUCUUCACGGGACAGGGAGCGCAGUGGGCCCGGAUGGGUGUAGAGCUUAUGCACUAUUGCCCGGCAUUCCUGCAGUCCAUCCGGGCGCUGGAUCAAGUGCUCGGCGAGCUGCAGGAUGGCCCUGAGUGGUCGAUUGAAGACGUUCUGCUUGUGCAUGCGGACGCCUCUCCCGUCAACGACGCCGAGUUUUCGCAGCCCUUGUGCACCGCUGUCCAGAUCGCCAUCGUGCAGCUGCUGCAAUCCUGGAAUGUCCGACCGGUCGCAACUGUUGGUCAUUCAUCGGGGGAGAUGGCGGCCGCAUACGCGGCAGGCCUGAUCUCGGCACAGGAUGCAAUUGUGGCGGCUUACUACCGUGGAAGAGUAGCUAAGGAUGUCGACACCAACGGUGCGAUGCUAGCGGUGGGUUUGUCCGCUGAGAUGGUCAGGCCGUAUCUCGCCGGCCUGGAGGACCGGAUCGUUGUCGCCUGUGACAAUUCCCCGUCACUGGUCACGCUGUCCGGCGACAAAGACGCGCUAGAAACUCUUCAAUCCCCACUCAAUGCGGCCGGAGUCUUCAACCGCGCGUUGAAGACAAACGGCAAGGCAUACCAUUCACACCACAUGUCGCCGGCGGCGGAGAAAUACCGGGCCCUCAUGCAUGAGGCCAAGCAACAUCGCAGGAGACGCGUCGUUCCGCUGGCCACGUCUGCUCGGAUGGUUUCCUCGGUGACCAACACCGUUCUGCCUGAGGGGACUCUCCUUGAUGCGGACUACUGGAGCCGGAAUCUGCGCAGUCCCGUGCUAUUCAAUCAAGCUGUGCAGACAGUUCUCACUGACGAGACUUUUUCAGAGGUCGACCUUCUCAUUGAAAUCGGCCCACACUCGGCCCUGGCCGGUCCCGUCAAACAAAUCCGAGAGUCACUGAAGAGCCAGGCAGACAAGAUCGAAUACAUCCCCACGCUAGUCCGGGGCGAAGAUUGUUCAGUUCGCCUGUUGAAGGUGGCAGGGGAGCUAUUUCUGCGGAGCUACAAGGCGUUGGACAUGGAGAAGGUCACUAGUGCCUACAUUGAUAGCACAGGAAGACCCAGCCGGACCAAGGGUUCGACCAUCGUGGAUCUUCCCCCCUACCAGUGGAACUACACACGUCCCUUGUGGGCGGAGAGCCGCAGUAGUCGCGAACAGCGCCAGCCCCGAUUCCCGCGGCACGACGUGCUGGGCCAGCGAGUCCUCGGCGCCUCCCCGGCGGAGCCCACCUGGCGCAAUGUCCUGCGGGCCCGUGACCUGCCCUGGCUGAAAGAUCACCAUUUGGGCGGCGAGUCCGUCUUCCCCGCUGCGGGAUAUUUUGCCAUGGCUAUUGAGGCGAUCUGGCAGAUCAACGAGCUCAGCGAUGACCCUGUUGAAAUCGAGAGUUAUGUGCUGCGCGAUGUGUCCAUCAAGACAGCGCUGGUGACACCAGACGAUGACGACGGGAUCGAGGUUCUCUUCAACAUGCGUCCGUCCGUGUACGGGGGCAAGCAGUGGGACUGGCGGGUCUCGUCGGUGGAUAGCACUGGCAUCAAUAAAAACCACAUGCAGGGCACCAUCGGCAUCAACACCCGCCCCCGGGGAAAGAAACCGCGCUCCGUGCCACGGUUUCCACAGAGAGCAAGCGGCAAGGCGUGGAAUCAGGCCCUACGCGAAGUUGGUUUCGAUUACGGCCCUACCUUUCAGGACAUGGACAUUGUGCGCUUCGACGGAAAACAGUAUCAUGCGUCCUGCACAACCAACAUCAAGCAGGUUGUCGACCAGAACCUAGGCGAGUCGCGCUACGUGCUGCACCCGGCGUCGAUUGACUCGACUCUGCAGCUUUGCAUAGCUGCAAUUUACGCUGGUCGAACCGAAGCUAUGGCCUGCGGUGUAGUGCCCGUGCAGGUCGACGAAAUCGCCAUCUGGCCCCCUACAGCUGAACAACUCGCGGAGAGCAAGGCAAUUGCGUACGCCAACGUGCACCGCCGUGGACUUCGUACAUCGGAGAGUACAGUCCAACUGACCUCUGCGCAGAACGGCGAGAUGUUGAUGGAGAUCGUGAACAUGCGCGCAACAUCCUAUGAGGCGGCGGUUCCCCAGCGGCUGGAGAGCGCGCUGCACGAGGCGCCGUACGGUCAGAUGGCGUGGGAGUUGGACAUCGAUGAGCCCAAGAACAGAGAGGGACUCACGACGUCGGAGCUGACCAAUUUGGCUCUGUUCAAGUAUCCUGCCUAUAGGGUGGCCGAGCUGGGUAUGGCCUAUACGGCAGAGAUCCUCGGAGCAAACCCGGAGGCGCUCUACACAGUCAUCGUGACCUCCGAGGAAGAGCUGGAGGCGGCUACGCACGUUGUUGCCCGAUACCGCAAUGCUAAGGCUAUCCACGUCGACCUCGCGCAGGAACUCGAGGCCCAGGGCCUGAAGAAGGAAUCAUUCGAUAUUGUUAUUGCAGAAACCCAGGGCCAGAGUCUCCUGAGCGACAUAAUCACACCAGGUGCAUCGGUAAUGAGAUCCGACUUGACUGUUGCUGGCAAAACUCCAGAGACAAAAUCGCUACCUACCGCUCCGGUUCAGCUAGUCUACCGUGACUAUCCGACUAGCAUCGUCGCCGCGGUCACGGCUGCACUGGAGGCCGUGGGAUGGGACGUGAGGGUUACCCGCCUCUUGGCUUCUACCUCCAACGUAGAAGGACACAUCAUCAUGCUAGCCGAUUUCGAGGGUCCGCUGCUUUUCACUCUCCAGGAAGACGAGUUUGGCGCUAUCCAGAACAUCGUGGCUCGCACCUCGUCCUUACUCUGGGUCGCGCCCGGUGGCUUUCUACAAGGCAAGCAGCCGGAGUACGCCAUGGUCUCUGGUCUUGCCCGCGCCAUCACGGCGGAACAGGCGUCGCUGGACUUCCGCGUUCUGGACGUCGAUCCCGCCAGUUUUGAUGCCGAGUCCGCCGCUCAAUCCGUCCUGAGAGUUUUGCAAAUGCAGACCCAGACCGCGGAGUCGCCUGAGCGCGAGGUCUGUGUUUCUGUCGACAAGACGUACAUCAGUCGACUGGUACGGAAUACCAACCUCAACGAGCUAUACACGGCGCAGGAUAAGCCUAACCCAAUGAGUUUCACGUCUGGAGAGCGAGUGUCUGGUUUGGUUUCCAAGGCUAAAGUUGUAUUCCAGCAACAGCAGCAGGAGGAAGAAUCUGAUGUUGAGCCUGGUCACGUCGAAGUGCAGGUGCAAAGCAGUGGUCUCACCAAAGAAGGCGUACUGGUCAUCACCGGGGCUGACUACGCCACCACCUUCAGCCAGGAAAUCGGUGGUGUUGUGACGCGAGUUGGCCCUGGGGUGUCUGGCUUCGCACUUGGCGACAGAGUGGUCGGAUUCCAAGCGGCCCAUUUCGACAGCUACCAGCAGGUCCCGGCCAUGAUGCUGCACCGACUCAAGGCGGAGGAGGACAUGACAAGCACGGUCAGCGGCCUGUCAGCUUAUGCUGCUGCUCUCUAUGGGCUGCAGACUCUGGCCGGCGUGAGAAACGGAGAGAAUGUGCUGGUUUUGAACAAGACAGGGUCCGCGGGCGUUGCCGCAAUCAAACUCGCACAGCGCCAAGGGGCGAAUGUUUAUGUUAUCGCAGACAGUGACGAGGAAGUUGCUUUUCUGCAGGCCCAUCUGGGCCUAGACACUCGUCAUAUCAUCCGGUCUUCAGACGGGCCAGUUUCCGAGCGCCUGGAGGAGCUCACAGGCGGCCACGGAGCUGACGUGGUGUUCAGCGAUGCCUCAAGCGUUGAUUCAACGGCGGCGCAUGAGGCAUGGCGCUGCAUCGCGCCCUUUGGCCGUUUUCUCGACAGCGGCCGCAAGGGCACUUCCGGCGCCAAAGCUCUGAAUUCCCUGCCUGUCCAUCGCAGUGCCAGCUACAUCCCCUUCGACGUCCUGGACCUCUACCUGUCCCGGCCAGGAGUUGUGUCUGAGCUGCUGCCGGCCAUUGUCUGCGAGGUCAACAGUACCGACCCUAGCUUACUUCCAAUCAAGGCCAUCCAUCUGGGCGAGAUUGACCGGGCAGUGACAGAAUUCUCAGACGCGUUCGGGGCCGCUAAACCUGUGGUUCAGUACCAGACAUCGGACAGUCCGAUCCAGGUCCUUCCCACUCGAGAUGGCAAGCUUCGAUUGCGUCCAGAUGUCACGUACCUUCUGGUCGGCUGCCUGGGCGGUCUUGGACGGAGCUUGACAUCAUGGAUGAUGGAGUGUGGUGCCCGUCGUUUCACUUUUCUCUCCCGCUCAGGAGCAGACGCAGAAUCAGCUGCAGAGCUGGUUCGACAGCUCGAGGGCGCUGGUGCAGUUGUUCAAGUUGUGCGCGGCGAUGCGACAUCAAGAGAAGAUGUCUCUCGCGCGGUCAGUGGUGUGCCGUUGGAGCACCCGAUUCGGGGUGUUAUCCACGCGGCAAUGGUGCUGAGGGACGGACUCUUUCACUCCAUGACCUACAAGGAUUGGAAACAGUCCACCCAGCCCAAGGUGCUUGGAGCGCAGAACCUGCAUGCUGCCCUGGCCGAUGAGCCUCUAGACUUCUUCCUUAUGACCAGCUCCGUCUCGGGAAUUCUGGGCACCCCGGGUCAGAGCAACUACGCGGCGGCCAACACCUACCUGGACUCACUCGCCCGUCAUAGACGGGUCAGUAAUCAGGCUGCCACCUCCGUUGUCCUGCCGAUGGUGCUGGGUGUUGGCGUCGUGGCAGAGAACGACACCCUCGAGGACGCUCUGAAGCGCAAGGGAAUGUACGGUAUUGACGAGAAGCAUCUGCUACAGUCCUUUGAAGCAGCUAUUACCUCCAACACUUACCUUGAACCCGCUCCAGACCAUGUGGUGGUCGGGCUGGAUCCUGCCAAGCUGCAAAAGGCUGUUAAUGACAGCGCCAGCACCGACAGCUUCUGGCUUGAUGACGCGCGCUUCAGCCACGCCGUGCACUCCAUCAACAUCUCAUCCGAUGAAGCCAGAGCGGGUGCACAUCUGAGCAUCCUGCCCAGCAUCCGGGCAGCAGAGUCAUCGGCUGAGGCGGUCGCACUCAUCUGUCAGCAUUUCAUCGACAAGCUCUCGCGCAUGCUGAUGCUGGACCCUGCAGAUGUGGAUGCUGAGGUUGGCUCAGUCGCUUCCUAUGGAAUUGAUUCCAUGGUUGGCGCCGAGUUACGCAAUUGGAUCUUUAAGGAAUUUGCUAUGGACAUGCCCUUCCAGCAGUUGCUGGCGCCGAGCCUAACCAUCUCCAAGUUUGCGACUCAAGUAUGCGAGGUGCAAAAUAUCGUUGAGUCAUAGACGGCAUUGCUGUUUGCAGCUCUCCUUUUGACAUGCAGGUCUUGUUUGGUCUGAUGUCUUUGUCUCGUUUCUAUGCAUAUUACAGCUUGCAUAGAUGGGUAUAAUGCUAUGCGGUUCCAUGACUUUCUAUUCUAACGUAAUUCAGCUAGUCAGCAAUCACACUGAUCCUCCAUCUGAAACAGUGAUCAAGUCAUACUGAUGCGAU